AUGGCCAGCGCGCCAGCCCCGCCGCCCCGCCGCGUGGUCGUCUGCGGCGGUGGCGUUGUCGGCGCUUGCACGGCCUAUUUCCUCUCCACCCACCCCGCCUCCCCCACCGUGCCGACCCUCAUCGAGAAGUCCUCCCCCGCUUGCGCUGCCUCAGGCAAGGCGGGCGGCUUCCUCGCCCUCGACUGGAGCGACUCCACCCCCGCACUCUCGGCGCUGGCGCGCGCAUCCUUCGGUCUCCACCACCGCCUCGCCGCUGCCCUCGACGGCGCCAACGCGUACGGCUUCCGCCCCGUCCACACCCUCUCCAUCUGCCUCCCCUCUCAGCCCGCCGAGCCCCUCUCACCCCACCCGCUCCUCCCUUCCUGGGUCGACCCCUCCGCCUCCGCCGCGCCGCCGCGCCAGCUCGGAACUCCGGACACCACCGCGCAGGUCCAUCCGGGCCUCUUCACCAAGGCCGUCCUCGCCGCGUCCGGCGCCGAGGUGGUCAUCGGCGAGGUGGAGCGCGUGGUGGUCGGCGAAGGGUGUGUCGUUGGCGUCGCGGUGAAGGGGCGCGGCGUGGUGGACGCGGAUGCCGUGGUGCUCGCGCUCGGCCCUUGGUCUGGGCGUUUCGAGAUGGUCAUAGAGGUGUUCGACGUGUCCGGGCUCAAGGCGCACAGCAUCGUGCUCCGGCCGCGCAACCCCGACAAGAUCACGCCGCACUGCCUGUUCCUGAGCUACCAGCCGGAGCCCGGCGCCAAGAUGCUCGACCCGGAGGUCUACCCGCGCCCCACGGGGGAGGUGUACAUUUGCGGAAUGAGCAAGGACGAGGAUGUUCCAGAUGAUCCGGCAGCGAUUGACGGGGAGCCGGACUCCAUUGCAAUGCUUCACAAGAUCGCUGGGAGGGUGUCCAGCCAACUGAAGACAGAGGAGGGCGCAGAGGUAGUCGCGGAACAGGCCUGCUACCUCCCGUGCACCAAUGACGGGCUGCCGGUCAUCGGGGAGAUGCCUGGGGUGAAGGGAUGCUACGUUGCAACCGGGCACAGCUGCUGGGGCAUCCUCAAUGCUCCUGCUACCGGUGCAGCACUCGCCGAGCUCAUCCUUGAUGGGCAGGCCAAGAUUGUUGAUCUUGUGCCCUUCAGCCCGGCAAGAUUUCUCAAGAAGAAGAUGAUCUAA